AGCGGGGCCUACGGAGCGCGGCCUGCCGGGAGGUGGAGCCGCGUGCAGAGGGCCGGACUGAAUAAACGCGGCGCGCAGCCGGAGGGGCGGGUCGGCAGCCUCUGUCCCGCUGCGGGGAGGUCACCGCGUGAGCCGCCAUGGCCUACUGCCGGCAGGAAGGGAAGGACCGAAUUAUAUUCGUGACCAAAGAAGACCACGAGAUGCCCAGCAGUGCAGAGCUGGUGGCAGAUGACCCCAACGACCCUUACGAGGAGCAUGGAUUGAUACUGCCAAAUGGAGACAUUAACUGGAACUGCCCGUGCCUGGGGGGAAUGGCCAGUGGCCCCUGUGGGGAGCAGUUCAAGUCGGCCUUUUCCUGCUUCCACCACAGCAGGGAGGAGAUCAAAGGGUCGGACUGUGUAGGCCAGUUCCGAGCCAUGCAGGAAUGCAUGCAGAAGUACCCGGACCUCUAUCCCCAGGAUGAGGAGGAAGAGGAGGUGGAGGAGGAGCCAGUGGAGCCCUCAGCAGAAGCAGCUCCCUCUGAGGCUCCUGCAGUCAAAGAGAAAGGGGGCUCGAGCUAAUGGAGGCUGGCGGGCUCGGGGCGCCUAUCCCUCCACCCCAGAGUGACAUGAACCUUUUGCAGAAUGCCUUCCCGUCAUUCUCCAGAAAGUAUUGCCCUUUACUCUGUACUGUGAUGUGAAAAAUGACUUACUGGCACCUUGUCAUCUACACUGAAAAAAAUACGGUGUGUGUAUGUGUGUCUAACCCAGAACCACCCACUAGUAUAGGUGGCACUUUGGGAUUCUCAGGCUUCUCUGGGUUUUGCCACUUUGCAGUAACAUGCUGAAGAACUCAGCAAGCAGAAGGCGUUGACUGAGAAUGUCUCCUGCAAGUAGGCUGGUUUUUUGUGACUUGUAGUGUCACCUGUCAUAGAUUUUGUACUCCUUUUUGAACUGAGAUAGAAGCAAAGACAUCUUUAGACCAGCUGGAGUGGGCAUUCCUACCAGAAGAGGCCAGUCAGGUCUCACCCGAAAGCCGUCUUGACCCGAGUAUGUGAAGAGGCACAGGGUUCUGUUUCCAAUGCAGUUUGGCUACUGUUUUUGCCAUGAGCUCUGUUUUCUCCAUGGAGAAAGUGGAGCUUUGGAACCUCACAUUCACAGUCCCUUUCUUAGCAGAGGGGAAACUAACUGUUAUUUUCUUGCUGUUUCUGUUGUUCUGAAGCCCUGUGUUCACACCACCUCUGUCUAGCCUCUUGAGAUGCCCUGUUCUCAAGAAGGGAGGAACCUGUUACUUGAGUAGCAGCCAGGGGAGGACAGGUGUGAAUUACGUGUUAAUAAAAGGAAAACGUGAUAAU